AUGAAAGAGCAAACUCCAUGGUUAGUCAUGGAAUACUGCAUUGGCUCAGUCGCAGAUGUUUUAGAAGUACACAAAAAACCACUUCGUGAAGAUGAAAUCGCCUGUAUCGUCCAGGAAGUACUAACUGGUCUUGACUACCUGCAUUCUGAGAAAAGAAUUCAUCGAGACAUCAAAGCAGCUAAUAUUUUACUUACGGACUCUGGCGGCGUAAAGAUUGGUGAUUUCGGAUCAGCUAGUUUUGUGAGUCCGGCCAAUAGUUUCGUGGGAACACCAUUUUGGAUUGCUCCUGAAGUCAUUCUAGCUAUGGAACAAGGCAUAUAUGACGUACGAGUGGACGUUUGGUCUUUAGGAAUUACUUGUAUUGAAAUGGCUGAGUUGGAACCUCCUUACUUCAGCGCUACCAAUCGAUGGCUGCACUAUAUCAAAUCGCUUCAAAUGAUGCCCCACGACUGGUGGGAGGUAACUGGUCCGAUGAAUUUCGGGAUUUUGUACGGUUCGUUCUCCAAAAAGAUAUGA